AUGGGCCCCCGUACCGCCUCCUCAUGCUGCUGCCAGGCCCGUAAUCUGCCAUGGGCCCCCGUACCGCCUCCUCAUGCUGCUGCCAGGCCCGUAAUCUGCCAUGGGCCCCCGUACCGACUCCUCAUGCUGCUGCCAGGCCCGUAAUCUGUCAUGGUCCCCUGUACCGCCUCCUCAUGCUGCUGCCAGGUCCAGAGUGUGUCAUGGGUCCCUGUACGGCCUCCCAUUGCUGCUGCCAGGCCCGUAAUCUGCCAUGGGCCCCCGUACCAACUCCUCAUGCUGCUGCCAGGCCCGUAAUCUGUCAUGGGCCCCUGUACCGCCUCCUCAUGCUGCUGCUGCCAGGUCCAGAGUGUGUCAUGGGUCCCUGUACGGCCUCCCAUUGCUUCUGUCUCCAUCGCCACACUCUGCCAUGUACCACUUUCAGGUCUCCUCACACUGCUGGUGGCUUCCAUUUUGUCAUAGGGUGC